AUGAAAUUUACCUGGAAUGAGGAUACUGUGAUGUCUGAGGCUCAUGAUAUUGAGACUGGUUGUUUGGAGGACAAACACAAGCGGGAUCUUUUUAUCCAGUUUGUUGAGCCUAUCUGUAUCCCUGAUGGUGUACUUAAGGAGAGAUUAGAUCCCGAAACACUGGAGUCUCUGGGGCUGAUUAAACAAGCUCAGCAGUUCAAUCAGAAGAUUGUGAAAAUCAAGACCAAACUGUUUUACAAACAGCAAAAGUUCAAUUUGUUGCGCGAGGAGAACGAAGGUUAUGCUAAACUGAUCACAGAGCUUGGCCAAGAUCUGACCGGGAAUCUCACCAGUCACAUUGUCCUUGAGAACAUCAAGUCAUUAAUAGGAUGUUUUAAUUUGGACCCAAACCGUGUGCUGGACAUCAUUUUGGAGGUGUAUGAAUGUCGCUCUGACCAGGAUGAGUUUUUCAUUCCUCUAAUCAAGUCCUACAUGUGCGAGCACCAGACCCUGUGCCACAUGCUCGGUUUUAAGUUCAAGUUCCACCAGGAGCCUAAUGGAGAAACACCAUCAUCUCUGUAUCACAUUGCUGCAGCUCUUCUUCAGCAUGACCUCAUCGCUCUUCAAGACCUCUAUGUUCAUCUUCUCCCACUGGAUUCCAGCAUUGUGGAAGAGCACAAGAGAAAUAUCCUAGAGGCCAAGCAGAUAGCCCGCAAACUCACAAUGGUGGUCCUACCCUCUGAAAAGACAGAGGACAAGGAGAAAGAAAAGGACAAGGAAGAAGAAAAAAAUGAGAAGCCUCCUGAUAACCAGAAGUUGGGGCUGCUCGAGGCACUGCUGAGGAUCAGUGACUGGCAGCACUCUCAGAGCAUCAUGGAUCAAUUGCCAGCUUUCUAUGCCACCUCCCACAAGGCCAUCGCUGUUGCACUGUGCCAGCUGCUUCACCUGAUCAUAGAUCCACUCUACCGCAGGGCUGGAGUUCCAAAAGGUGCCAAAGGCAGUUUGAUUACACCUCUGCAGAACAAACAUGCACCGCAGCCAGCCGAAAACUUUGAUGAUCUAUCCAGGGAUGUCUUCACCAUGCUGUGCUACUUGGGACCUCACCUGUCUCAUGAUCCCAUCCUUUUUGCAAAGAUGGUGCGGCUGGGAAAGAGUUUCAUGAAAGAGUACCAAAGUGAAAGCAGGCAAGACACCAGGGACAAAAUGGACUCUCUACUGGGCAGUUUUCUCAGUAUUGCUGAUCAGGUGCUGUUACCAUCACUCUCACUUAUGGAGUGCAAUGCCUGCAUGUCUGAGGAACUCUGGGGCUUUUUCAAAUUCUUCCCUUACCAGCACAGGUAUCGUCUCUAUGGGCAAUGGAAGAAUGAGACAUACAGCAAUCAUCCACUCCUGGUGAAGAUUAAGGCUCAGACAGUGGAUAGAUCCAAAUACAUCAUGAAGCGGCUCACUAAGGAGAAUGUUAAGCCCUCCGGAAGACAGAUAGGAAAGUUAAGCCACAGCAACCCCACCAUUCUCUUCGAUUAUAUUCUGUCUCAGAUCCAGUGGUACGACAACCUCAUAACUCCAGUGGUAGACUCUCUCAAAUACCUAACAUCUCUCAACUAUGAUGUACUGGCCUAUUGCAUUAUUGAAGCUUUAGCCAACCCAGAGAAAGAGAAGAUGAAACAUGAUGACACAACCAUUUCAUCAUGGUUGCAGAGUCUUGCAAGUCUUUGUGGAGCAGUUUUCAGGAAAUAUCCUAUUGAGUUAGCAGGUCUUCUCCAGUAUGUAACCAACCAGCUUAAAGCAGGCAAGAGUUUUGACCUGCUGAUCCUGAAGGAGGUGGUGCAGAAGAUGGCAGGAAUUGAGAUAACAGAUGAAAUGACUGUGGAGCAACUGGAGGCCAUGACAGGUGGAGAACAACUCAAAGCAGAGGGUGGUUACUUUGGACAGAUUAGAAACACUAAGAAGUCUUCUCAGCGUCUGAAGGAUGCUCUUUUGGAUCAUGAGCUGGCAUUACCUCUGUGUCUACUGAUGGCCCAGCAGAGGAAUGGAGUGGUGUUCUCUGAGGGGGGAGAAAAGCAUCUAAAACUCGUGGGAAAGCUUUAUGAUCAGUGUCAUGACACUCUUGUGCAGUUUGGUGGCUUUUUGGCAUCUAACCUCAGUACAGAAGACUACAUUAAACGGGUACCAUCAGUGGAUGUCCUCUGCAACCAGUUACACACACCACAUGAUGCUGCAUUUUUUCUGUCUCGCCCGAUGUAUGCCCAUCAGAUUCUGUCCAAGUAUGAUGAAUUGAAGAAGGCAGAGAAGGGGAACAGGCAGCAGCAGAAAGUCCAUAAGUACAUCACCGCCAGCGAGCAGGUUAUGGCUCCUGUUCAUGAGGCUGUCGUGUCUCUUCAUUUGCCAAAGGUGUGGGAUGAUCUUCGACCACAGUUCUACGCCACCUUCUGGUCCCUCACCAUGUAUGACUUGGCAGUACCACACAAUGCCUAUGACAGAGAAGUCAACAAGCUUAAGAUGCAGAUCAAAUCUAUUGAUGAUAACACUGAGAUGCCUCCAAAUAAAAAGAAAAAGGAAAAGGAACGCUGUACAGCUCUGCAGGACAAGCUACAAGAAGAGGAGAAGAAACAGUUGGAGCAUGUGCAGAGAGUUCUGCAUCGUCUCAAACUGGAGAAAGACAAUUGGUUACUCGCCAAAUCCACUAAGAAUGAAACUAUCACUAAGUUCCUUCAGCUCUGCAUCUUCCCCCGUUGUGUCUUCUCAGCCAUUGAUGCUGUUUACUGCGCUCGCUUUGUGGAGCUGGUUCACCAGCAGAAAACACCCAACUUCUGCACCCUACUUUGCUAUGACAGAGUGUUUUCUGACAUCAUCUAUACGGUAGCGAGUUGCACAGAGAAUGAGUCCCGCCGCUAUGGUCGUUUUUUGUGUUGCAUGUUAGAGACCGUCACUCGAUGGCACAGUGACAGAGCCAUCUAUGAGAAGGAAUGUGGUAAUUACCCAGGGUUCCUAACUAUUUUUCGAGCUAGUGGUUUCGACGGAGGGAACAAAGCAGAUCAGUUGGACUAUGAGAAUUUUCGACAUGUUGUCCACAAAUGGCAUUACAAAUUGACUAAAGCAUCUGUUCACUGUCUAGAAACGGGUGAGUACACCCACAUCCGCAACAUUCUGAUCGUGCUUACCAAGAUCCUACCCUGGUACCCCAAGGUGCUGAACCUAGGCCAGGCUUUGGAGUGCCGCGUUCACAAGAUCUGCCAAGAAGAGAAGGAGAAGAGGCCUGAUCUCUAUGCAUUAGCCAUGGGCUACUCUGGCCAAUUGAAAGGCAGAAAAGUGCACAUGGUGCCUGAAAAUGAGUUCCACCACAAGGAGCAACCAGUACGUAGCACCACGACCAGCACUCUGCAAAAUGGACCUGGAAACAUAGGCAAGACUUCAACCACUACCGCUGCCAGUGCUGGAAAAACUGAGGAUGGUGUCGUCGAGGACUCAGAGAAACCCAAGGACAAAUCACAGGCAACUCAAAAAACUGCCAGUAAAAGCAGCACAACAGCCAAUAAAGUGAGCAGCAGCAAUGGAAGCAGCACGCCAAACAGCAUGAAAGCGAGCAAAGAGAAGGAAGACAAAGAAAAGACCUCAAAAGAGAAAAAAGAGAAAAAAGAAAAGAACCCAGGGAGCACUCCAGAGGCCAAGACAGGAGGGAAGGACAAGCAAAAGGAAGACAGAUCCAAGGAAGAGAAGCCCAUCGACAGCAAGGAGAAGACGCCCAAAGCUGACAAGGACAAGAGGAAGGAUGACAAGAAGGAAGAGAAGAACAAAAUCGACGGGAAAUCCAUUGAAAAAGAGUGGUCCAAAGAACGUGAUGUGUCCAGUGACAGCAAGACAAAGGAAAGCAGCAAGUUGGAGAAGAAUGCUGGGGCUGGAAGCCUGAAGUCCAUUGUUCCCAGAUCUGAAGGAGUUGAGUCUGAACGGGAGCAAAAAAGACGAAAGCUUGACACUCACUCGUCGCCAUCACACUCCUCUGCAGUUAAGGACAAUCUCAACGACUUCAAGGACUCCACAUUAAAGCACCAUCCUAACCACACCACAGUCCUGUCCAAGAUCAAAGAGAAGGAUGAUGAGAAGAAAGAGUCUGAUAAAUCCAGGGACCGCUCCAAAGAGAGGGAAAAGAAAGAAGACCGGAAGGACCGAAAACGAGACUACUUGAACAGCGAUCGCGAGAUGAGCCAGGAAGCCAAACGCCGCAAAGAUGAAAAUGGAAUGAGCUCAUCCAAACACAGCAAGAGUGCCAGCCCCUCUGAAUCACCACACUCCAAUGACAAGGACAAUAGUAAACGCUCCAAGUCCACCAGCAAGGACAAGAGUGAUCUGGCCAAAUUGGAGAAGACCUCUGGAGGCAAAAAGGAAUCCAGGCAUGACAAAGAGAAAUCUGAAAAAAAGAGAGACAGCACUGGAACUAAAGAGGAGAAAAAACACCAUAAAUCAUCAGAAAAGCACAGAUAAUGUAUGCAGACUCUCAAGAAGGUUUUGCAGACCUCACGCAUUCCUGAAUCACAUUGGCUGCAGUUGUUCCUCUUUACCAAUAUUCCCUGCCAUGGGCUGAUGCAGGAUUGAUCAUCGCAAGCUUUCUCAACAUUGUAAUUUCCUUCUCCUUUCACUGUCUGGAAAAUGGAUUCCCUCACAUGCUUUGGAAUUUUGCCUGCAUUUAAACUUUUUCUGUUGUUUUGCCUAGACAUGUUGUAGCUCGUCUUUUAAUCUGCAAUUUUUAUUGUGAUAUUUUCAGUAAUUGACUGAAAGUUUGUUUCCUUUAAAUAUUUAGCACAAUGUGCUUCUUGCAUCACAAACAGAUUCAGGUUUAAUUGGUGUUUCUCCCAAAUGCUUGCAUUUUUAUGACCUCAAUCUAUUAUCUUCUUUUUUUUUUUUUAAGUCUUUCCUCUUUUUUUUUUUUUGAAUACUCUUUUUUUUCCUUUUUAAUUCACAUGUGAUAUUUAGACUAGUUAUUUGAAGCCGUACAGAUGCUCUAUUUGUAUAUUAUGUAUACAGAAAUAAAAUGGUUCCAUGUAAUAAGACAUUUCCUGUUAAUUUUUUCCCCAAAUUGUAAGGCUCUUGAUUUUCUUUGUGUGUUCAAUCACAUUUUUAAAACAUUUGUAUAGAGAACAGCAAGCUGGAUUUUCUUCAUAAAUAAAACGGAAACAAUUCAUAACUUCUCAAAUUACUUAAUGGACUUUUUAUCUGUCAAAAUCUGCAGUGUAUGCUUUUUCUAAAUAAACUAGUUUUCUUAGUG